AUGAGAGUCAGAAGAAAAAAAUGUCUUGACCACACGACUGGGCGGCGCCGAUACCAAUACCAAUACCCGUCCUCGUCUGGUCCUGCCUGGUUCCUCCCAGGAAAGGUCCGUCCGUCUUCUAAUUGCGCAAUGCGGCUGUGUCCACCUGCGUCCCCGUCUGGUCAAUGCAACAAUACGGCAUGCACCUGCUUAAGCGACUGCACAGUUGCUGUCCCCUUCAAUAUCGAUGUGUGUGGUGCCUGGCGAUUUGAUGGUUCAGUGUUCGCUUGCUGUGGCGCUUGCAGUUGGAUCGAACUCGAAUCGAAAUCUGAAAUGUCGUGGUACUCGAGUAUCGCCGUGCAACCAACCAGUCCACACUCCGUGCCAACAAGUCGUAUUUGUCUCUGUCUCUGUCUCUGCCAAGGGCAACGGAGGAUAUUCUGCCGGACUAGCUGCAACUGCAGUGAAUAA